AUGAAACGCUACGACAAUGUUGUGGUGUCUCCAGAGCUUGUAAUGCGUACAUUGAUUGAGUACUCAGAUCAGUUUUGGCUAGAGGAAGAGCUGGAGUCAGCGAUGAUAAUUGCGUGUUCGCCGAGACAGAACAGCUAUCUCGAGAAGGUUGGUCUACCGACUGUUUUAAGCAACUGUGAUUUGAUCUACCCUGCUUUGAGUGGUAAUGAAGUUGGAGGAGUAAGACAAAAGACUAUCUUGUCUAAGCAAACAACAAUCAUGUUGGGUAGGUUUAACCAGAUGGCUUGUCUAGUUCUAUUCAAGGAUUUCGACACUAGUUUUCGAAAUGAUUCGGAUCGUUAUAGGACCCAGAGAUAUUUAAUAAGCAGAACAUAA